AUUCAAGAAAAAAUUUCGCCAUGAAUUAGUCACCUUUGUUCGCUGAAACUGAAGGGAAUCGAAUGAGGCUUCUCUCGAUUGCUGAAAUUACGUUGAUUUUCCUCUCAGUCAAGUGACUCAUCCGUAAAAAUGUUGGAGAAAUGGAAUAAGGAUGCAGAAUACGAUUUGGGGUUUUACAGAUUAAUCAAUCGUGGAUUGGGAAUCUAUCCCUUCGAGUGCCAGGAAGUAUUUUCCAUAAUUCGAAUGAUCAUUGUUUUGACGAUAAAUUGGAUUAUGUUGUACGAACAAGUAAUAGAUUUGAUAUCCGGCUGUGGUCAAACGGAGGAAAUAAUAGAGUCCAUAGUGGGAGCACUGUCGUACCCAGUGGCAAUAGCCAAGAUCAUAUUGCCCAGAGUCUACUGGAGGAACAUGAAAAUAAUAUUGGAGUCAGCUGUUGAGGAUUGGUCUCGGCAAAACGAUGCCGAAGCUAAAAGAACCAUGAUGGAGUGGGUGGCCAUUGGCAGAUUUACCUUCCUCCUAGAGAUAACGAGUUUGUGCAUGCUGUUGACAUACACAACAAUAUCACAUUUUCCAUUUUUCCUAUUGACACAAAAUCAUCGGGAGAAUAGUAGCGCGAUGAUAGAUGGAAGCUUGCCAUGGGGUAGCGGCUGUUGGCUGCCAUCGAACACAUCAAACCAAAUGUUCCUGAUCGCCUACUUCGCCACUUGUAUACAGCAGAUAGUGGGCAGUCUCAGUAACAUGGGAUUCGAUGUAUCUCUGUUCAUAAUUCUCAGUCACAUGUGCGGACAGAUUGAAAUUCUGAAACUCGACAGUGGGAGAAAUUGGAAUGGUACAAGUUUUGAUUCGUCAAAGAAUCCACAGGAAGUUUAUCGUCAGUUCAUUGACAGGCAUAACCAUUUGCUCAACCUGUGCGAUCUUUUUGAGAGGUCAUUUAAUGUUAUUAUAUUGAUACAUAUGGUGCUGUAUCUUGGGUUGGUGACGAUCCUGCUACUCAACACCUUUGUCGCUUGGUACUACCAAAACAUCGCAAUGGUGAUAAAAGCAGUCUUUGAAUUGAUGAUAAUUUACGUGCAAUUAUUCGUCUACUGUUACGCCGGCGAAAAGCUCACUAAUCAACUAGAAAAUUUGCGAGACGAGGUUUACAGUUCGCCCUGGUACACUCUACCAAAAAAAUCCAUGCAGGACGUGUGUUUCAUCUUGAGGAGAUUGAACGAUCCCUUCUACCUGACCUGCGGUAAAUUCUACCGGAUGAACAUGGACUAUUUCAAGAAUAUCGUGAAGUUGACAGCCUCGUAUUGCUCGGUGAUAAGACUCAUGUUUUACGAUUGA